AUGGCUGCUUCCACUCCACCAGCAGGAAAUUUACCUCCAGCUUCAACUCCAACUCCACCAGAUAGUGCUCCAGCUCCACCUGUGGGAGGUGGACCACCAGCCGCUCCACCACAAGGCGGAGUAAAGCCACCAGUUGCUGUUAUAUCAGUACCGAUACCACCGAAUAAACCAAAUGAGCCAGCGUUCCAGCUGAAAAUUGAGCCAGACACAAGAUUGGAGUUUAAAAGUGACAAAUUGACAGAAGAACCAUGCCAAAUUGAAGUUAAAUUGACAAAUCCAUCGAAGGAUAGACAAACAUUCAAGGUGAAAUGCACAUCAAACGAUAUUUUUCGGGUGCGUCCACCGCUUGGAUUUUGCGAUGCAGAAGCUUCGACUACAAUUAAAAUUACGUUUUCAAGUAAAACAGUGCCUGAUAGUGGAAGGCAUUAUUUUGCAUUUUAUCACAUGAAGAGUAAUGAGAAACUCUUAUCAAAGGAAUCCGGAGCAACAUUUUUCCCUUUUUCCCCUCCUUCUUGA